AUGAAUGUGCGCCGCCAUGAGCAGAAAUCCCCCCUGGAGCAGGGCGCUGAUCGGGAACCCGACGCUUCCGGCUCGCCGCCGGGCCCCGGCUCGCCGGCGUCGCCCCGGUCGCCGGCCAUCACCCGCUCCGGCCACGCCAGCGGCAGUGCCGUCAGCCUUGGCGCCGGCGGUUCUGUCACCCAGCGCGGCGCCGGCGCCGGCGGCUCAAUCGAGGCGCCGCGUGUCGGAUCGCCAGUCGCCUCGCCCCCCUCCGGCAGCCUGGCCGAUGACAUCCACACCCCGGUCUUUGAGACCACCUGGCACGACUCGGCCGAGGCCCGUGCGGCGCAGUUCCAGCGGAACAAGGCCGCCGCCCGCCAGCACGCCCGCGAGUGCGUGGGCUAG